AUCGUGGAGGCGCGCGACCCGUUGCGAUCGUGCAACCCUUAAAAUCACACGUCGCACCGUCCGUGUAUACUGACGUGUACGUACACCCAAACUCACACAAACGAACCACGCGUGCAAGGGAUACUUUCAAGGAUACAGGGAAUCCUCCCUCCUUUCCUUGAUAGAUUGAUUCUCGGUGAUGGUGUGGAUGGAACCGUAAUGAUCGCGCAGUGGCCCGCGAAGAAUUCGCGAACAUAAGAACACGCCGUUACGGACAACGAAUGCGGAAUCCCGGUGAGAUGAAAAACGACAGGGGGCAAUUCAACGAGGAUCCUCGGACGUGCUUAAAAUAAGCAAUAAUGGCAGAAAUUCUUAUUUCUCCGAGAAUGUUCGGCCUACGAGAAGCAUUUUUCCGACGUUAAUCAGUGGACCAAGAGAGAGGGACUCAUCAUUCUCGUCGAAAAGCUCUUCUUCGAAAAGCAUAGACCUCGCGAAGCUCUCCAUCGGAUGUCCUCAAAAACUUGGAUCUCCUUCUGAGUUUCACAAAUUAUAUAUCCCGGGACCAGUUACGCGCGUCGUUCUCGAGAAACUUUUGCAUCGAUCGUGAAACGAACUAGAUGAACUUUCUUCCAGACACGAGUCUUCGGGAACUUCUCGAGAACGCGACGCCGCGAUUCGCCAUCUCCUCUCUCCUUUAUCUUACCUCGUUAAAACGCUCUCGGCCAUGAACGAACAAUUUCCACUUUGCCCGCGAUAAACGUAGCGCGCUACAAAAAAAGAAAAGGAAAUCUCCGAGUCAAUUGAAAAUUAAGUAGAUACCUGGAAGCGUUCGCGCGAAAUUGACGAGGGGAGAGAGUCUUGUUCAUUCUAAUAACGUCGAGCAGAGAAUUACGAGUAACAGUGUCGUAGUGAAGAAGAAUGUGCGAGACUAUUGUACCUUAAAAUUCCAAGCGUGUCGGACGACGAGAAUGGCAACCGACGUAAUGCAACGCCGAAGGGCGGAUUUGAGUUGAGAGUGUCGCGAAAGCAACGAGAAAACGUUUUUAAACGAAGACUUAGUUCCAGUUGCCAUCUAAUUAAAGUUAGAGGUGAUUCCUGAAGAGAAAUUAACGAUAACGCAGACUCAAGAAAAUUUUAAUAGUAAACGAUGUGUAAACAACAAUUGCAAACUUGAGAGAAAGAGGCUGGAAUACAGAAAGUAAGUUGCGUGAAACGGCACAAGAAUAUUUAAUUCGGCUCAAUUAACACGAUGCGCAAUGCAAUGUCGAGGAACGAGAAGAAACAUCGAGUUAUAAUCGAACGAGGCAGAACGAAAAUUUGACGGGAAUCACCGCGAAAACAACGGCUUCCUUAGGUGCGUAUCGUAUGACAGACCGAAAAACUUUUCUUUCUAAAACAAAACGUAUGGAACAUACAUCGCCGACGAAAACCGCGAUCGCGAAUUUCGAGGAGUGAUAUUCAUCGUCUUCGGCGAGAAGUUGAUGCGCAAAAAACCAUCCCGUCGUAAAACGGUAAGCGAAUUUACGACAAAACAUCAACGACUUUAGUAAUCGUUAAAAGGAGAUCGAAUGACGCUAAAAUGCACGGCUGAAGCAACUGCGCGCUGUAAGAUUAAACGAAACUUUCCCAUAAACCGGAUAAUAAUCGGACGUUUCUUUUAGAUGAGAGAUUAGCGUAAUAAUCAACGACAACCACUUGACUCCUUAUGGCGGAGAAAAAAACAGCGCGGUAAUACAAAAUCAACGAUUACAAAGGACAAGUUACGACAGAUAUCGGCGAAAAAAAAAAGUGCAUGUAUUAUUCUACGGCGACGAAUAAGUCGCGAGGACAAUGAAGUUUCAUUCAACGAUGGUCCGGGACAUGAUCGGAUUCUGCGGAGAGCGGCCAUUGUGCAUGAAACGCGAGUGGAAGUGAGAUCAAACGUGGAAUCCGGAAUUGUCCGAUUGUGCCACUUAUCGUUAUCUUACAGUCUCUAAUACAGGCAAAGGCAUAUACGGUGAUAUCGCAGUAAUAUUAUCGACGACCUUACCAUCGCAAUCGAUAUCACCGCGGAACUAAUCGAGAUCCCAUCGCACGAGAGUACGAAUAUUAACGACGAAGUCGAUAAACGGGAAAAUGGCUUCGAAUUAACGAUUUCCGUAACCGGAGCGGCCGCGAAAGCCGCGCGCGAUACGAGCUUGUCUCUCUCUCUCUCUCUUUCUCUCUCGAAUCAAUUCCCUCGACUCGUCGCCGCUCUCUGAACGAUUUCCAAUUACGAUUGGUUGAACAGAAAAAUUGACAAGAAAUUAAAAGCUCGUAUUUUCGGCAGCCUUCACGGAAGAUUGACCUUGAAUAAACGAUAACAGAACUGACGACAUUAGAAGAACGAAGAUAUUCGCUUCGAAAACACCGAUUGGUAAUUUAUGAAGGAACACAUUUGUGUUCGUCGAGUCUUGAUAUUACAUCGAAAACUCGCCCGAAUUGAUUGAUUGAUGUUGAUAUGCACGGUCGCCAAAAAUUUAUUCGCAAGGUAUUCGCCCCGAAAGAUAGUUCACCGCAUCCUCUCCGAUAGUUUCCUCUGUCCCAAACAAAUUUUCACUCUUUAAAUCAAACAGUGUGAAAAUUUUAAGACUUGUCCAAGUAUCUCGGCAAUACUCAAGUUUUGGAAAAAAAAAAAAAAACGAAUAUAUUCAAUGACAAUCGAUCGACGGUACCGAAUCUCUUUACAACGCUAUUACUGUGGAAGUUAUCCCAAUCACCGAGAAAUCAACACAUCUCGAGGAAGGAAAAGUGGCAUAAAGACAUUCAGAGAGGGAAAAAAAUAAAGAUUGCCUAGAUCCGGCAGAAAACUCAGCAUUCUUGAAGAGAGAGAUAAAGAGAAAUUGCCAAAAUUACAAGCGGAAAGAAGAGUGAAGGCGACAGAUAAAUUGUAGUAAAAGAACGAAAAAAGGAGUGAAAAGAAGUUUCGUGGUAGCAUUCAACAUAAGUGAGAGAUAAAAAGAGAGAGAGAGAGGGAGAGAGAGAGAUUCUCUCGCGAUUCCGUCGCUAUGCAGAGUCUCGCAGAUGAGUACUUGACAUACAAUGCCACAUCACACCCUUGGAACGUGACGACGACGACGACGACGAUACUAUGGUAUGACAAUGACACCUACUAUUACAAUCUUACCAACUACACGUAUUUAGAGCCGCGAAAUCAAUUUGUGCUGCCAUGGUGGCGGCAGAUGAUCUGGACGCUCCUGUUCGUUGGCAUGAUUGUAGUAGCGACCGGUGGCAAUCUGAUAGUGAUAUGGAUCGUACUGGCGCAUAGACGGAUGCGCACAGUCACCAACUAUUUCCUGGUAAAUCUUAGCAUCGCGGACGCGAUGGUGUCCACUUUGAAUGUCACCUUCAACUACACCUACAUGCUGAACAGCCAUUGGCCAUUCGGCAUGCUCUACUGCAAGAUCUGUCAGUUCAUCGCGGUCCUCACGAUUUGCGCCAGUGUCUUCACUCUGAUGGCGAUAUCUAUCGAUCGGUACAUGGCCAUUGUAAAUCCCUUGAGACCACGUAUGGGAAAGAAGGCAACGCUGUGCGUUGCAAUCGUUAUUUGGAUCGUUGGGGCAAUACUUUCUUUACCGAUGCUACUCUUCUACACCACUUACACCCAAAACUUUAUGAACGGUGAGAUCCGCGUCAUCUGCUAUAGCGAUUGGCCAAAUAGAGACGAUAAUGGACUUAGUUACGACGAAUAUUUGUACAACGUUAUCUUUAUGAUACUGACGUACUUUUUACCAAUCGGAUCCAUGACAUUCACAUACGCCAGAGUCGGUCUAGAAUUGUGGGGCUCGCAGAGCAUCGGCGAAGCCACAGCCAGACAGCUCGAAAACAUUCGAAGCAAACGAAGGGUUGUAAAAAUGAUGAUAGUCGUAGUAGUGAUAUUCGCAGUAUGCUGGCUUCCGUUUCAUAUGUACUUCAUAGUGACAUCCUAUCUGCCAGAGAUUACAAACGAACCGUAUAUCCAGGAGGUUUUUCUGGGCAUUUAUUGGUUGGCAAUGUCCAAUAGCAUGUACAACCCGAUAAUUUAUUGUUGGAUGAAUACCAGAUUUCGCCGUGGCUUCGCUCAAUUCUUUUUUUGGUGCCCAUGGGUACGAGUGACGACGGAACCGUCCCUAUCGCGUUCGGAAGCCGUGACAUCCCGCUACAGCUGCACCGGUAGCCCGGAUAUGCACACCAGGAUAUCGCGGAAUGGCACGGUGCGAAUACCGCUGCACCUACAAUCAAUGAGAAGUGGAAACGACCGGCUGUUGGCUCAUCAUCGAGGUCACGGCAGAAAGUGGAGGACCUCGCAGACCAGAGGACAUGUAUCCUGACAGGAGGAGGAAAAUUCUCAACAACAACGAGUACAUACCUGGAUAUAAGAAACUAUCCCUAGUCUCUUCCUCUCUGUCUGCGCCAUCGCAGCUGUGCUUAAUUACAUCCUGGAAACAGUGACAUUUCUUGCCGAUCUCAACUUGUCACUCUGUAACAUACCAAAGACAUUGUUAUUUUAUUUCAAAAACAUUAAUUGAGUUUUUCUGAUAACUGGAUGCUAAUUGUAUAUUUGUGUUAUUAUUGUAUGUACAGAACGUAUAAUUCAAAAAUUGUAAUUCUGUUGGUCAUAAUUGAAUUAUCCCGCUAAUGAUGUAUCAUUCAUAAUCAUAUAAAAAAGAUGGACGGACCAAUAUUGCAAUUUCCAAAACAUUAAUAAUGUUUUUCAAAAACGGAAACAUUAUACGAUUCGCGAAUAAUUGGUGUUAGAAGAGUAUAAUGUUUACAUAAAAAAAUAAUGUGUAACGUACAUCGCGUAAUUGUCGUGUUCCUAUGUGUUAAUCCUUCUAAAAAAAUUAUAAAAUCCAAGAUAAUGUUGUAAGGCUUAAUCUUGUUGAAAGAUAAAACACUUCUCUUCAAUCAAUAAGCUUAAGAAUAAAAAUCUCAUGUAUUAUAUAUUUUACACUAACAAUAAGUGAAAAAUCAAAUGUAGAAACUUUUAUUUAAGAUUAUACAUCUAUCUUCACAACCAACUGCAAUGGAUUAUAAGCUUUUCGUUAAUAAAUUAAACGUUGUAAAUUAUGUGAAUAUGCACAGUAAAUGUGGUUGUGAACACGUAGAUAAUCUGUAGAUAAUCAGCAAACUUUUCUCACACAAUAUUACUGCUUAUUUGCAAAAGUUUCAAUUUCAAUCGCUUCAUUUAUUCAUGAAAUAAUAAUUUAGAAAUAGCACACAUUUUUUUUAGAUAUAUUGAUAUCAUAAAACCAGUUCGAGGUUUUUAAUAAACUUUAAGAAAAAGAUCUUGUUAUAUUUUAAUAUUAAAAUGUUAACAAAUGUUUUCUUUAUUUUAUCAACUACUGUAAUUUGUAUAGUAUGUAUUUUAAAGAAACUUUAAUCAUUGUCUCUUUUAGAUAUAUAAUUACUCUAUUAAUUCUCAAUUUGACAAUUUAAAUAUGGAUUCAAGAAAAAUGUCUGUAACUUCUCUUUAUGACGGAUAUGUUUUGUUUAAAAUUUCAGAUGUUGUCGGAGCAAGAAAUACUCUGGGAAAACAAACGCUUUUUAAGAUACGAUUUAGAUGUAUAUACACGUCACAUAUUAGCAUAAUUGUAAUAAAAAGUGUAUGAUUAAGAAAAUAUUCAAAAUAGUAAUUAUUUACGAAUAAGAAGAUAACAAUCGCGCAGCUAAAAGAUUAGAUUAUCAAAACAAGCAAGCAUGCUUCAUCUCUCUAAAUGGUCCAAAACAAUUCUAUACACAAAUGACGCGCUGAAACAAUAAACAGAGUAUACCCGGAACCAAAAAACUUUUCAUACCGCUGCUGUUGUGAUAUUUAUAACUCGCUUUUUCUAUCAACCUAUCAACUCGUUUUAGCUGUUCAUAAAUUUCUAUCUAGAUGAAGUUCAUUCUAAAUAAAAAUAGACGGGUAAGGCUUUUUUAUUUAAAAUUUCUUUCCUUCGAAAAAUAUAAAUUCCACUAUGUAAUUUGAGAAAGAAAAAUUUAUGAGAUGAUAUAUUAUUCACAUACAUUUUUAAAAUAUUUGAAAAAUUAGAAAAUUAUUUCUUGUUAUCGAGAAAUGCAAUCGAAUCAAAUAUAUAAUAAAAAAAAAUCAUAGAUUAUACAUCUGCAUUAAUAUAGUAUCUAUUUUAAUAUCGUAUCUCAAAGACCAUUGAAAAAUAUAAGCAAGGUGAUAGAAUAUAAAAUAAUUAAACGAUAUUCAAAGUUGCGUUAGUAAGAUAGCGACUAAAUGUAACGUAAAAAGGUAUAAUAGCCCGUAUAGAUUAUAAAAUCGUGUAAAAGCACGGUUCAUAUGAAAAAAUAUUUAUUCUCUUCAUUCGAUAUAGCUCCGCAUACCUGUAAUCAUAUGUCUAAUAGUCUGCUAUAAUUGUAUCUUAAAAAAUGCGUAAAUAAAACAUCUAAUUUUUUAUGUA